CUCUAUCAAAAGUAAAGAAACUUCAUUGCACAGCAGGGAAGGAGUAGAGACAAGAGUAAAAAAAAAAAAAAAAAGUUCCAGCAUUUGGAUUUGGCUACCUGUCCUGUGACGAUGGCAAUAACAAGGAACAAGGAUUAUCUCAUCUGGUCCAUUGUUAGCCUCAUCUGUUGCUUCUGUCCCAUUGGGCUGGCUGCCUUGAUCUUCUCAAUAAAGUCACGUGAUGCAAACAAUCAAAACGAUGCGGAUUCGGCAGCCAAACAUUCCCGCACGGCAUUCUACCUGAACAUCGCAGCCUUGGUCCUCGGCAUCAUCCUGAUCAUUAUUGUGGUGACCUUACAGAUUGUGGCGGCAUCCCGCAGAUAGCAGAAUCCCUUCCCCCGGAGACAGGAGGAGAAGAAUCUCACGGAUCUCUAUUAUGGAAUCACUGUAUGCUCUAUAUGUACAUUACCCAAUAAACCCGUCUUUAUAUAUUCACCAGG